AUGUCCGAGGUUACCUUGCGCUCCGUGGACGUUUUGGAGAUUGUCGCGACACUGAUCGUACACCAGGCAGAGGAAGUUGGGCCACUGUGGGUGGACGUGGGCGGAAACGCAGGUCCGGGAGCAUCGCCGAUCUUGUACAACCUGCUUCGCUUCUUCCGGCAGAGUCAUCUGUCACGCCACAGGCAAGACAUGACAGGACCCCCAGCCUCGGCCGACAGCACGAAGAUGAGCCAGCUUUCAGAGAUGACAAAACGGGCGAGCGCGCAGCGCAACUCCUCGCUGAACGUCUCCUCGCUGAACAUGCUCAGCGUUGGUGGUGGGAGGAAGUCACGGAAGCCUAUGGAGGUCGAGACGGCGGUGGAUGAGGCUCUUUGGUUCCACGACGAGAACUACGAGCCCACAGAAGGCUCACUCUGGACGAUCUUUGGACAAGUCGCAGAUCUGGUGGACGACUUGCUCAGCAAAGGAGAGCCCGGCCAGCCUCUCCUCAAGGACGAGGACGAUGCGACGGCCAUGACGGAGAUCCUGAAGCUCCUCCCCUUGGUGGACCACAACUCGACUGUGCGCCUUGCGGGGGCUUCGCCGCAGAUCUUUGCGUUGGCCUUGCCCUUCGCGCGGGCGAGGCCCGGCAGACUCUGGCUGUCUCCCCUGCCGUCGCUGUCGCUGAAGGAGCACAGCGAUGCGUCUUCCUCCGCGUCCCUGCCAAUGAUGGAGGAUGAGUCGGAGGCGAGCGUGGAAGUCGAAGUCGAUGAGGUCCAAGCUGGCGACCCCGUCGGUCAUGAAAAACGGAAGGUCUCCGGAGUGCAGACGCUUCAGUUCCAGAUUCCCUCCAUGGGCGCGCUACCGAGCAACUCGAGCGACGGGUCCCAGGACGAUGUGGAAGGGGUCCUGGAGAAGUGCCUGUUCGACCUCGAGAGCCAAACGGGCUCCAAAGAAGGCCUCGUCCAUCUCCUCAAGGCCACCAUCACGUGCAUCACCUCGAGCCAUCUCUGUGAGGAAGACCCGGGGUCCGUUGCCCUGGAGUCGUCGUUGCAGGCCGAGUGGCGACGGCAGCGCCAAGAGAUCGCCACCUGGGCCAAUGGCAUCUGCCGCGAGGUCACUCCCCCAGUGCCCUUCAUGGUGGGACGCAGCUUACUUCCCUAG